UCUACAAGUCAGAUCCCCAAGCAUCUGGAGUUACAUCAAGGGAGGAGGUCGCUGGUACCUCCACCAGGCCGUCUACAAGUCAGAUUCUCCAAACUUCUGGAGUUACAUCAGAGGAGGAGGUCAGCACUCUGCCUGCUGAUGAAGCUGGUACGUCCACACGGCUGUCUACAAGUCAGAUCCCCCAAGCAUCUGGAGUUACAUCAAGGGAGGAGGUUGCUGGUACUUCCACCAGGCCGUCUACAAGUCAGAUUCUCCAAUCUCCUGGAGUAACAUCAGGGGAGGAGGUCGGCACUCUGCCUGCUGAUGAAGCUGGCACGUCCACACGGCUGUCUACAAGUCAGAUCCCCCAAGCAUCUGGAGUUACAUCAAGGGAGGAGGUUGGUGUCACUCAGUCUGCUGAUGAUGAUUCUACCAGGCCGUCUACAAGCCACGCCGUUGGAGUAUCAGAAGACGCAUCCACUUCGGAAAUAUCUGAUCGGACUCUUUGGGGUGUCGCUCGGCGACUUGGUCACGAUUGGAAGGAUCUUGCAAUACACCUCCACUGCACAUAUGCAGACAUAUCAACCUGUGAGGCCAACCACCCAAGAGAUGUCAACCGUCAAAAACUCCAGAUGCUUGUAGAAUGGAAACAAAGGCAGACUACCACUGGAUGUCAGAUGGACGUGUUGUGUGGAGCAUUGGCCAGGAUCGACAGAAAUGAUAUCGUCAAGUGUCUUCAAGGAAAUGCACAACUUACUGAUCUGGAGUACAUCCAGCAGCUUGUUUUAAAAUACAACAUGGACACAACCAGCUCCAUCCCUGCACACCCCUUGGAUCCUUCCAGAACUCUGGAUGUUGACCAUUUUUCUCGACUAGAACUCACUCGGGCAUUAAAAGGUAAACGAACAUCAAACGAUGAGAUUUUGUUACCAUCGGGGAAACGAACGUUGGAUAAGGAUGUAAAGGUUCUCCUCAAAUCAUGGGAUGAUAUGCUUGAGCCAGAAGUAGUUGGGAAUAUUAAGGCCCUUCUUUCGGGUGGGGCAGGAUUUGGCAAGUCAACUCUUUUCUUGAAAAUAGCGCACACCAGCACUGAUCCAAAAUCCAAGAUGGCAAAGUUCAAACUUGUGUUCUUAGUAAAGUUGAGGCAAAUGGAAACAAGUUGCGUCCUUGAGGCCAUAUGUGACCAGAUUUUACCUCGUGUUGAAAAGGCCGUUUUGAAAAAAGUUAUUGAUGAUAACGAAGAGAAAACAGCUUUCCUAUUGGAUGGAUUGGAUGAGAUCCCGUUGGACGUGCUCAAUUCUCCGGCUCCAAAAGAAGGCUAUGGGAUCAAGGACAUCUUGUUUAACAAGGUGCUGAGAGGCAGCACUGUCUUAGUCUCAACACGGCCACACAUGGUGGACUUUGCCGUUAAAGGAUACCCAAAGUACGCCCGUAUUGAAACAUUAGGCUUCACAUUCGAAACUGCAAAGACAUACAUAACAUCUUACUUUGCCGAAAUUGAUGCCGACAAAGGGAAAUCAUUAAUUUCACACUUGACAUCCAGCUCAUUCCUACGCACACUGGCCAGAAUUCCAAUCAUUGCACUCUUUCUGUGCAUAUUUUGGGAAAAUCAGUCGGAAUUGCCUGAGCAAUUAACGGUGCUUUUCAAGGAGUUUGCUGAGGCUCUGGUCAGUCACCGGUGCAACGAAGGUGAGGACAAGGUGGAGGAGCUGACGCAUUCAGUCUUAUGUCGACUUGGACAAGUCGCUCUCAAAGGGCUACUAAACCCCGAGGGGGAAAUGCUCAGGUUCUCCUCAAAAAAAUUUGAUGAGAAAGAUUUGGAGGAUGGUUGUAGGUUGGGCUUUCUUCACACAGAAAGUUUCACGAGUGGCUUGAAAGAGAUAAAGGCAGCAGAGUUUCUACACAAGUAUAUCCAAGAAUACUCCGCAGCAUGCUACUUUGCCAAUUUGCAUCACACAAACGAAGAUGAUUUUAAGGAGGAGUUGAGGAAAGUCAAUCCGUACAAUGUCCGUGCCAUGAAAUAUCUGCUUCGGUUUGUAUGCGGCAUAUUGUCGGGGUCUCCGGCUACUGGGCUCAUCCUGGAGCAUGUACAAAAACAACUUAUAGAGGAACGAUGCAGUGACGAGGAAGGAUCGGUUGGCGAAGAAGGUUCGGAUGCCGAGGAAGGAUCGGUUGGCGAAGAAGGUUCGGAUGCCGAGGAAGGAUCGGUUGGCGAAGAAGGAUCGGUUGGCGAAGAAGGAUCGGAUGAAGAGGAAGAAUGGAGUGACGACGAAGAACUGUUUGCACUGAAGAGGAUAAAUGAACUGCAGAACCUGGUACGCCUGCUAUUGCUUGAGUCUGGUUCUAAAAGAAUGGCUGUUAAGCUAGAACGACCUGACCAAAUAGGCGAGGAAGCAUUGAGUGGCGAGGAAGGAUCGGUUGGCGAAGAAGGUUCGGAUGCCGAGGAAGGAUCGGUUGGCGAAGAAGGAUCGGUUGGCAAGGAAAAAUCGGAUGGCGAGGAAGGAUCGGUUGGCGAAGAAGGUUCGGAUGCCGAGGAAGGAUUGGUUGGCGAAGAAGGAUCGGUUGGCGAGGAAGAAUCGGAUGGCGAGGAAGGAUCGGAUGGCGAAGAAGGAUCGGAUGAAGAGGAAGAAUGGAGUGACGACGAAGAACUGUUUGCACUGAAGAGGAUAAAUGAACUGCAGAACCUGGUACGCCUGCUAUUGCUUGAGUCUGGUUCUAAAAGAAUGGCUGUUAAGCUAGAACGACCUGACCAAAUAGUAUGUGAUAGUCAUGAGGAUCUCUUAGCGAUGCACUAUUACUCGAAGUGUCUGUCACUAAUAGAACUUAAAGUCCUCAUUGUCGACUGCAAUUCGCAUAAUGAUUUUAGGCUGCUGAGGGAUAUUGAUGAACGACUGCGUGACCACACUUCUAUGCGCCUUCGGGUUAAUAUCACAUGUAGAUCGCAUGAAGACGUAAUGCUGAUGAGAGACAUGCUACAGAGUGAUAACAUCAGGUCACUCAGGAAAUGUUGGGUUAUUAAAGUCAAGUAUAUCCCGUCUGAAAAAGCGAACAAGGAGUUGCAGUUCAUAGAAAACACGCUUGAAGAGCUGGAUGAGAGGCUUCGUGAACGAAUAAACCUUUCCCUGGAUAUAAAUGAGAUGUCUCAUUUCGAUGAUGACUGUGUGUUAGGAUCCCUGUCCCGUGUAUGCUGUCGGAUCGGUGAGAUCUUUUUGAGAAACCGAACGUAUGAAGAUUGCAUUAGACUAGUGAAGAUGCUGGAUAGUUGUGAACAGUUGUAUAGGUUAAAUGUGUACAACACAAACCUUCACGGCCAUGUGGGUGGUGUAUCCCCUCUUGUUCUUCGGUCCCUGCAUGAUUUUUCAUUAACUACAUGUGAACUGGAUGACGAUGACGUCCCUGACCUGAUAGAAAUCCUCCCUGCUGGGCAUGGUUUGGAAAUCCUUGAUGUUCAAGGCAAUGCAUUCAGUGUGGAUGGUGUGAAGAAGCUUACAGCUCAUAUAAAGAAUCUCCUUGAAUUAUCCAUGUUUGUACUCUUUUAUAAAGGUCCUGAUAAAAAGCAGGUUGACAAGGUCGUCCUGGAAAAUCUUCCACAUGUACGGUAUGAUGGAUGUAUAGUAAAACGAUAUUAAUUUGUUGAUUUUCAGAUGGACCAAAAACUUCCAAAGUAGGCUGUUGGGCUGUUUCCCUCGCAUCGACAAAUAAGUAAUGCUGAUGUGAGCAUUAUCACCAAGCCUACAUGUAUAUUCUUGUAUUAUCACUGCCAUGAGAAGUUGAAAUAUACAUACAGUUUUUGUAGCGCACAAGAACCACGACAAUUUAGGGGAGUGAAGAAGGAACGGUACUCUAGUUAAGUGGACAAGCAUUCAAAAUGUCAAUAUACAUAACAAUGACUAUGGUGACGACUUUCUCCUGAACGUAUAUUAUUUUAUUCCUUAACAAGAUAACAUCUCAGUAAUGGGCCUAUUAUACUAUUACAAAUAAUAAUAAAAUGGCACAGCAACACAAUAUGAAGGUCAAAGUUCAACAAAUGGCUGGCUGCACUCCACAAUACAACAACGAAUCCUCUCUAUCUCGAAAACAACGCAAUUUCUCCGACAAAAAGAUGAUAUAUUCCAAAACAAUACUCACUGGGAGUUUCUAGGAAGGAACCCUCCACAGUGAUUUUCAUUACAAGCAUAUGGCCGGAGCCAUGGUCCCUGCAAAAUCGAGAGAAGUUACAGAGAAUAAUGGUAUUGCUGUUUUGGUCUUCUCGUCUGCUCGAAGCUUACAGGAAAAGAUGCAGUGAUAAGAGGCUGUGGCGCGGAAAGCACAAAGAUCACAUUUAUGCAAAUGGAACAUGCAAAUCAUUUGCAAAACUUUCAUGUACAGAAAAUGAGGGCGCACUUGGUCUCCCUAUAACAGUGAAAACACCAAUCAGGCUUUUUAUUAGUGUGGAUUACGAAGAGUAGGAAGAAAUAUUAAUGACGAUGAAAUGGUACAUAAUAAUAAUAAAA